AUGGACAUGGUUUCUUUUAUUUUAGGUGACUCCAACAAAACUUCAUCAGAAUACCAACAUUCAAAUUACGCUUCAAACUACUUCAACAGUUCCUACUCUCAUAUCCUAUCUGCUGCUCCAGCAUCCCAAACCAACACCAUGCAGGCGUACUCCAGUCAGGUGGGGUUCCAGAAUACCAGCUACUACCCACAGCCAGGGCCCAGUCCUUAUCCGAUGUUGCAAUCACCAUAUCCUGUAACUGAUACAGUGAAAUUGAAGACGACCAAUAGUCAGAUGGCAAACCCCAGUUACUUAACGAGUGGUGGUUACUUAGGAGCUGGCUCGGGCCCAUUUUCUCAGUCAGGACAAAGUUCAUAUAUGUGCGGUUCUGGUUCAAAUAUCAGCAGCCCAACAUCAGCUCUCAGCUAUGCCUCACAGCAGAAUUUAGAUGCUUAUUCUCCCUAUCAGGGAUAUCAAACUACUGGAUAUUACGGUGGAUAUGGCUUUAUCAGCAACCAACCUGUAGUUGGUGUUACAACACCAACAACAGUGCCUUCAACCACACCUACCUACCAACUAGUGGAACUACCACAACCACAAAAUGUGCGAGUAGAAUCAGACCACUUCCCUAUAGUGGGUGAAUUUAAAGGGAUGUUGGUUGCAGAUAACUCUGAAAUUGAAAAUCAUCCAGUAAAUGGUGAAAACUCACAAAACACAUUUACAAGUCCGUCGCCUCCUUUAAAAGCAGAAGCCAAUGGAAAUCCACGGCGAACCAGACCUACACGAGGUGGUCGUCGGCAAAAUAACCCUUCUCCAGGACCAGAAUCUGAUUUAGAAAGAGUCUUUGUAUGGGACUUAGAUGAAACCAUCAUUAUUUUUCAUUCAUUACUCACAAGUACAUAUGCACAGAGAUACGGAAAGAAAUCACUGUCAGCAGAUGCUGUUUACAAUCUACUGAUUCUCUGUCCCACUUCUCUAUUUCACUUGUAUGUGUCUCUGUCUCCCUCUCGUCCAUAUGUGUAUCUUUCUCUCGCUCUCUCUGCAUUCAUGUUUAUCUUUCCCUCUCGCUCACCCUGCAUUCAUGUUUCUCUCCCACUCGCUCUCCCUACACUCAUGUUUCUCUCCCCGCUCUCCUUACACAGUGUUUCGUGUUUCUCUCCCCCCUACACUCGUGUUUUCUCUCUACACUCGUGUUUCUCUCCCACCCGCUACACUCGUGUUUCUCUCCCACCCGCUACACUCGUGUUUCUCUCCCACCCGCUACACUCGUGUUUCUCUCCCACCCGCUACACUCGUGUUUCUCUCCCACCGUGUUUCUCUACACUACGUGUUUCUCUCCCCCCCGUUUUCUCUCCCACUCACCUCGUGUUUCUCUCCCACCCCUUCACUCGUGUUUCUCUCCCACCCUUCACUCGUGUUUCUCUCCCACCGCUACACUCGUGUUUCUCUCCCCUACCCGUGUUUCUCUCUACACUGUGUUUCUCUCCCACUCUCCCGUGUUUCUCUCCCACCGCUACACUCGUGUUUCUCUCCCCCCCCACUCGUGUUUCUCUACCUUACACUCGUGUUUCUCUUUCGUGUUUCUCUCCCCUUUCACUACACUUUUCGUGUUUCUCUCCCCUCGCUACACUCGUGUUUCUCUCCCCCUACCUAUGUUUCUCUCCCACUUCCUCAUUUUUCUCGCUUCCUCAUGUUUCUCUCGCUACACUCAUGUUUCUCUCGCUCCCCCUACACUCAUUUUUCUCUCUACCGCUCUCCCUGCACUCAUGUUUCUCUCGCUCCCCCUGCACUCAUGUUUCUCUCGCUCCCCCUGCACUCAUGUUUCUCUCGCUCCCCCCUGUUUUCUCUGCUCCCCCACUUUCUCGCUCCCCCUGCACUCAUGUUUCUCUCGCUCCCCUGCACUCAUGUUUCUCGCUCCCCCCUGCACUCAUAUUUCUCUCUCCCUCCAUAUUUCAGCUCCAGUCAUGUUUCUCUCUCUCCUCUCCCUACCUUCCUGUUUCUCUCUCGCUCUCCCUGCACACAUGCGUUUCUCUCUCUCUGUUUCCCCUCCCCUGCACUCAUUUUUCUCUCUCUCCCCCCACUGUUUCGCGUUUCUCUGUUUCUCUCUCCCCCCACUCAUUUUUCGUUUCUCUCUCUCUGUCCCCCCCAUGUUUCUGCUUUCUCUCUCUUUCUCUCUCCCCCCCCUCAGUCAUGUUUCUCUCCCUCUCACUCUCCCUACACUUAUGUUUCUCUCGCUCUCCCCACACUCGCGUUUCUCUCUCUCUGUCCCCACACUCGCGUUUCUCUCUCUUUCUCUGUCCCCCACUCUCUUUCUCGUUUCUCUCUCUGUCCCCACACUCGCGUUUUCUCUCUGUCCCCCCCCCACUCUUUCUCUCUGUCCCCCACACUCGCGUUCUCUCUCUCUCUCCCCCACACUCGCGUUUCUCUCUGUCCCCCACACUCAGGUUUUCUCUGUCUGUUUCUCUCUGUCCCCCACUCGCGUUUCUCUCUGUCCCCCACACUCGCGUUUCUCUCUGUCCCCCACACUCACGUUUCUCUCUCUCUCGACUUCUCUAUAUGCACAUGUCUCUCUCACCUUCUCUACAUAUGUCUCUCUUUUAUUCACCAUGCAUCUGCAUCUCUCUCUCAUCCCCUGCAUGCAUGCAUGCUUCUUUCUCUCUCUGCAAAUGCACACAUAAAAAGAUCUUAAAUAUAUUUCUUCCUCCCUUACCAUUCUCCUUCUUUCCCUCUCUUUCUCUCUCUCCAUUCUCCUUCCCUCCCUCUCUCUCUCUCUCCAUUCUCCUUCCUCCCCUCUCUCUCUCUCCAUUCUCCUUCCCUCCCUUUCUCUCUCUCCAUUCUCCUUCCCUCCCCUCUCUCUCCAUUCUCCUUCCCUCCCUCUCUCUCCAUUCUCCUCCCUCCCUCUCUCUCUCCAUUCUCCUUCCCUCCCUCUCUCUCUCCAUUCUCCUUCCUCCUCUCUCUCCAUUCUCCUUCCCCCCUCUCUCUCCAUUCUCCUUCCCCCCUCUCUCUCUCCAUUCUCCUUCCCUCCCCUCUCUCUCCAUUCUCCUUCCUCCCUCUCUCUCUCCAUUCUCCUUCCCUCCCUCUCUCCAUUCUCCUUCCCUCCCUCUCUCUCUCCAUUCUCCUUCCCUCCCCUCUCUCUCUCCAUUCUCCUUCCCUCCCCUCUCUCUCUCCAUUCUCCUUCCCUCCCUCUCUCUCUCCAUUCUCCUUCCCUCCCCUCUCUCUCUCCAUUCUCCUUCCCUCCCUCUCUCUCUCCAUUCUCCUUCCCUCCCUCUCUCUCUCCAUUCUCCUUCCCUCCCUCCCUCUCUCUCCAUUCUCCUUCCUUCCCCAUCUCUCUCUCCCCCAUUCUCCUUCCUUCCUUCCCUCUCUCUCUCCAUUCCCCUCCCUUCUCUCUUUCCAUUCUCCUCCCUUCUCUCUUUCCAUUCUCCUUCCUUUUCUCACUCUCUCUUUCUCUUCUUCCUCUCUAGUACUGGUCAGUUUCUCUUCUUCCUCAAUUCCAUUACGGGAACUGUACUGUUUUCUUUGGGAGAUCCAUUUUUCUUUCCCUUCUCUUUCUUUCUUUCCCUUCUCUUUCUUUCUUUCCCUUCUCUUUCUUUCUUUCCCUUCAAUAAGAGUUUUCUUAAUGACAACAAUAAUGAUGAUAAUGAUAUUCAUUCAGCUGUGGUAUUUGAAGAAAGAAAGGGGGUUGAGAUUUACAACCUCUCUCUCUCUCCCUCUCCCUCUCUCUCACUCUAUCUCCCUAUCUCCCCCCCCCACACCACCAAAUCCCCUUUUACUCUGGGAGAAGAUCCCUCCCUCCAACUCUCUCUCUCUCCCUCAUGCAUCCCUCUCAACCUUUUAUCAGGUCCCUUCCCCACUACUCAUUUUCACCCCUCCCUCUUUUUGCCACACCCUCCCCCCACCACCAACCCUGAUCCUCCCGGCUCGGUCACUUUGGGUCUCAGAAUGGAGGAAAUGAUCUUCAAUUUAGCAGACACUCAUCUAUUCUUCAAUGAUUUAGAGGAAUGUGAUCAAGUCCAUAUAGAUGAUGUUUCUUCUGAUGACAAUGGCCAAGAUCUUAGUUUGGUUUUCUUUUCUCAUUAUGUGUUACUCACUCUCUUUUUUCCCUCCGUCACUGGCACUCUCUCUUUCUCUCUCCCUCCGUCACUGGCACUCUCUCUUUCUCUCUUCCUCCGUUUCUCCCUGUCACUCUCUUUCUCUCUCUCCACUCCGUCACUUUCUCUCUCUCUUUCUCUCUCUCCCUCCGUCACUGGCACUCUCUCUUUCUCUCUCCCUCCGUCACUGGCACUCUCUCUUUCUCUCUCCCUCCGUCACUGGCACUCUCUCUUUCUCUCUCCCUCCGUCACUGGCACUCUCUCUUUCUCUCUCCCUCCGUCACUGGCACUCUCUCUUUCUCUCUCCCUCCGUCCUGGCUUUCUCUCUUUCUCUCUCCCUCCUCUUACUCCUCUUUCUCUCUCCUCCGUCACUGGCACUCUCUUUCUCUCUCCCUCCGUCACUGGCUCUCUCUCUUUCUCUCCCUCCGUCCUGGCUCUCUCUCUCUCUCUCCCUCCGUCACUGGCCUCUCUUAUCUCUCUCCCCUCCGUCCACUGGCACUCUCUCUCUCUCUCUCCCUCCGUCACUGGCCUCUCUCUCUUUCUCUCUCCCUCCGUCCUAGCACUCUCUCUCUCUCUCUCACUCUCUCUUUCUCUCUCCCUCCGUCCUGCACUCUCUCUCUCUCUCUCCCUCCAUCCACUGGCCUCUCUCUCUCUCUCUCUCCUUCUCCCCUCCGUCACUGCCUCUCUCUCUCUCUCUCCUCUCUCCCCUCGGUCACUUGCUCUCUCUCUCUCUCUCUCUCCUUCUCCCUCCCCGUCACUGGCUCUCUCUCUCUCUCUCUCUCCUUCUCCCGUCCCCACUCCCCUCUCUCUCUCUCUCUCUCCUUCUCCCACCGUCACUGGCACUCUCUCUCUCUCUCUCUUUCUCUCCUUCUCUCCCUCCCCCCUCUCACUCUCUCUCUUUCUCUCCCUUCUCCCACCGUCACUCUCUCUCUCUCUAUCUCUAUCUCUUCUCCCCCGCCUCUCUCUCUCUCUCCUCUCUCUCUCUUUCUCUCUUCUUCACUCCCACCAUCCUCCCUCUCUCUCUUUCUCUCCUUCUCCCACCGUCACUCUCUCUCUCUUUCUCUCCUUCUCCCACCGUCACUUGCUAUCCUGUGUUCUCACAUAUAAUUUUGCCACAGACGGCUUUCAUGCAGCAGCCACAAAUACCAAUUUAUGUAUAGCAACUGGGGUCCGUGGAGGAGUCGACUGGAUGAGGAAAUUAGCAUUUAGAUAUAGGCGAAUAAAGGAGAUCUAUAAUAGUUACAGAAAUAAUGUAGGAGGUUUAUUAGGUCCACAAAAACGGGAACAGUGGCUACAGUUAAGGCAAGAAAUUGAAAACAUGACAGAUAGUUGGCUAACUAUGGCUUUGAAGUCUCUCAAUAUCAUCAACUCCAGAUCCAAUUGUGUAAAUGUUCUUGUCACCACCACACAGCUGGUUCCUGCUUUGGCUAAGGUGCUGCUUUACGGACUGGGAGGAGUUUUCUCAAUUGAAAACAUUUACAGUGCAACAAAAAUAGGUAAAGAGAGCUGUUUUGAAAGAAUUGUAUCCCGUUUUGGUCGGAAAUGUACUUACGUCGUGGUUGGUGAUGGCAGAGAUGAAGAGGCUGCUGCAAAACAGAUGAACUGGCCAUUCUGGAGAAUCUCUAAUCAUUCCGAUUUGGCUGCCUUACACCAUGCACUGGAACUUAGUUACCUAUAG